AUGUUCCGACUGGUAAGAAACUCGAUUCCAACGUGCCGUGCCAUCAACCGGCUAGCCACUUCUUCGGUUAGAAGUGUAAGUAUAUUAUACUUCCAAAAUUUUGUGGAGUUUGUUUUAUAUUCGCUGAUUUUAUAGGUUUAUAAACUUGAGAUGGAUAUAUUUUUGACUUAAUGUGUAUAUCUUUUAGCUGGCUGCUGUUUCUUCUGUAAAUCUAAACUUUUCUCAACAAAAAUGGGACCGCAGAGAUCUACACUUGGCUUCUUCGUUACAAGCUACUCACGUAAGUUUUUUCUUAUUUUUUGUACUUUUAGAUAAAAAAAGGAGGUUCUGCAGGUGACAACUUUCCAAUUAGGUCGUAAAUCUUUGAUAUAAAAUAUUUAAAAGCUGAGUUCUGACCCAAAAUAACCUAAAUCGAAUCUCAUUUCAGCAAGAAUUUACGAUCAAAACAGUGAGAGAACGAGUCAUGUUGGUAUUGAGCUUGUACGAUAAGAUUGAUGCUGAGAAGUUGACAAUGGACUCGGAUUUCUUCAAAGACCUCGGUUUGGAUAGUUUGGAUUUUGUUGAAGUUAUUAUGGCUAUGGAAGAUGAGUUCAAUUUCGAGAUUCCUGAUGGUCAUGCUGACCGUUUAAGAACGCCUCGCGACAUCUUCCAGUUCGUUUGCGAUAAGCAGGACGUCUACGAAUAG